AUGGGCGCCACCCCAUUCUACCGUUCCAUCCUCAAGGUCCGGUUGCCGAGACACUUCGACAAACCAACAGACAUGAGGUAUGACGGAACACAAGACCCGCAGGAGCACCUAACGGCCUUCGAGGCCCAAAUGAACCUCGAAGGAGUGGAAGACGAGGUGAGGUGCCGCGCUUUCCCGGUCACCCUGGCAGGCCCGGCAAUACGGUGGUUCAAUAGCCUCCCGCAGGGUUCUAUAGCCGCCUUCUCGCACAUCAGCCGCGCCUUCUUGGCGCAAUUCACUUCUAGAAUCGCGAAGGCAAAACACCCAAUCAAUCUUCUCGGCGUGACCCAACGUGCUGGGGAGACGACUAGGAAGUAUCUAGAUCGGUUCAACGACGAAUGCCUGGAAAUCGAAGGACUAACCGACUCUGUGACCAACCUUUGUCUGACGAAUGACCUUUUUAAUGAGGAUUUUCGAAAGCACCUCACCACUAAACCGGUCUGGACGAUGCAUGAGAUCCAGACCGUAGCCAAGAAAUACAUAAAUGAUGAGGAAGUCAGCCGAGUCGUGGCUGCCAACAAAUGGCAGCCCUCCUACAAUCAACCCAGGCACCAUGGUAACGGAGAAAGAAGUUUACCAGCAAAUCGCCGAAAAGGGAAUAUUGAUGAAGCCCCGACCUCUGAAAGACCGUACAGGGGGAACAAGAGCCUCUACUGUGAUUACCACAAAGGCUACGGGCACCAAACACAGGACUGUUUCGACCUGAAAGAUGCGCUAGAACAAGCAAUCAGGGACGGUAAACUGGCCGAAUUCUCCCGCUUUAUCAAGGAGCCGAGGAGACGACAUCGCGACCACGAUGAAUACGGCAGGACCCGAUCGACGAAACGGCGGCAAGAACCAGAAGACAACGAUCACGGCCUCACCAUAAUAAACGUGGUGACCGCCAAGAACACAGCGCCAAAGUCGAGGUCUGCGCACAAGAAAGACGCCAAAGUCCUGGCAAUUUCCUCCUCGCCGGCACGAAGCUCCAAGAGGUCCCCAACUAUUUCCUUUGGGUCAGAGGAUCAUUGGUUCGACGAGGUCCCUGAGAACCCACCCAUGGUCAUUACGGCUAGGGUGGGAACCGGCCUCAUCAAACGAAUCCUUGUGGACACGGAGGCAGACUCGAACAUUAUGUUCCACAACUUGUUCGAUGCGCUAGGUUUACGGGACGCCGACCUCAUGACUCACCAACACGGUGUCAUAGGGUUGGGUGACCACUUCAUUAAGUCGGACGGGAUAAUAUCCCUCCCGACCUCCGUGGGACAAGGACAAGGGGAGAGGUCAAUUAUGGCCGAGUUUGUGGUUCUACGGGACUCCACUGCCUACAACAUCAACCUGGGGAGGAAAAUGAUCAACGAUGUUGAGGCGGUAAUCAACACGAAGCUGUUGGUUAUGAAGUUCGUGGCUGAUGACGGAUCUGUAGGGUCCAUAAGAAGAGAUCUGGAAACGGCAGUUGCUUGCGACAACGCCAGCCUCUCCUUGAGGAAGAAGUCUAAAGAAGCAUCCGGAGUGUUCCUUGCGGACUUAGACGCCAGAGUCGACGACAAGCCAAGGCCAGAACCAGAGGGGGACUUGGAAAAGUUCAGGGUCAGUGACACGGAGGAAAAGUUCACGUUCGUUAAUAGAAACCUCCCACACGAGUUGAAAGAACCCCUAGUAGAGAUGAUUAGGGCCAACGGAGAUCUAUUCGCUUGGACGCCAGCCGAUAUGCCGGGCAUAGACCCUAGAGUCAUGUCACACCACCUGGCCGUCAAGUCGGACACCCGUCCAGUGGCCCAAAGAAGGAGGAAGAUGUCCCAGGAGAGAGUAGAGGAGGUGGCCAAGCAGACGGCCAGCCUCCUAGAAGCGGUUUCAUAG